AUGCAUCACUUCAUAUCUAUCUAUCUUAGCUUGUUUCUAUAUAUCUGCCAUAGUCUGUUCAUAUCUAUCUAUCUAUCUAUCUAUCUAUCUAUCUAUCUAUCUAUCUUAGCUUGUUUCUAUAUAUCUGCCAUAGUCUGUUCAUAUCUAUCUAUCUAUCUAUCUAUCUAUCUAUCUAUCUUAGCUUGUUUCUAUAUAUCUGCCAUAGUUCAUAUCUAUCUAUCUAUCUAUCUAUCUAUCUAUCUAUCUAUCUUGCUAGCUAGCUAUUACUGUCUCUUCAUAUAUCUCUCUCUAUAUAUAUAUCUUUUCUGCAGGUUUUUUGUUUUGUGUUUCUAUCUAUCUAUCUAUCUAUCUAUCUAUCUAUCUAUCUAUCUAUCUAUCUUAGCUUGUUUCUAUAUAUCUGCCAUAGUCUGUUCAUAUCUAUCUAUGUAUCUAUCUAUCUAUCUAUCUAUCUAUCUAUCUAUCUAUCCCUCACAGUCUGUUUAUUAUCUAUCUAUCUAUCUAUCUAUCUAUCUAUCUAUCUAUCUAUCUAUCUAUCCCUCACAGUCUGUUUAUUAUCUAUCUAUCUAUCUAUCUAUCUAUCUAUCUAUCUAUCUAUCUGUUUGUCCCCAUUUAUCGAUCUAUCUCUCAAUCUGCUCAUAUAUAUCUAUCUAUCGAUCUAUCUCACAAUAUGUUCAUAUCUAUCUAUCUAUCUAUCUGUUCAUAUCUAUCUAUGUAUUUGUUCAUAUUUAUCUAUCUCUGUUCAUAUCUAUCUGUUCGUAUCUAUCUAUCUAUCUGUCUAUCUAUUUCUCAAUUUCUCCAUAUCUAUCUGUUGUGUCAAGUUUCAACACUAUCUAUCUAUCUAUCUAUCUAUCUAUCUAUCUAUCUAUCACUAGUGCGAAUCAUAUUCCUCAAGAUCGCUUUUCUCAUGCGCAGAAAAGAAGUGUGAAUUUGUUCUGUCACUCGUUUUUGUAG